UUUCCCCAUAAAUAAAAUUCCAUGUUCCAUCUCUGAGACCAAGCUACCCAAGAAGAGAGGUUCAUGGUUGUUUUCUGAUUCUUCCUCGCCAAGUUUCACACUCCCAAAUCCAACCAUGGCUUCGUCUUCUUCUUCUCAAGAAAAGAGACACUGGUGGCUCAGCAAUAGGAAGAUUGUGUACAAAUAUAUUAAGGAUGCGAGGAUUCUGAUUGCGACGCGAGAACAGAGCGAGAUCGCCUCGGCGUUGAACCUCCUCGACGCGGCGCUGGCUCUGUCGCCGCGUUUGGAGAUCGCUCUUGAGCUCAAAGCCAGAUCGCUUCUCUAUCUCCGCCGGUUCAAGGAUGUUGCCGAUAUGCUUCAGGAUUAUAUUCCGAGCCUCAAGAUGAUGAUGGCAAGCGAGGACUCCGGUUCCGUCUCCUCCGAUAACUCGUCUCAACAGCUUUCUCGAGAACGAGUCAAGCUUCUCUCCUCUAGCAACUCGUCCUCCGACUCACCGGGUCGGGACCCGACUUUCAAAUGUUUCUCUGUCUCGGACUUGAAGAAGAAAGUGUUGGCCGGGUUGUGUAAAAACUGCGAAACGGAAGGGCAAUGGAGGUACUUGGUUUUGGGCCAGGCUUGCUGUCACCUGGGCCUGAUGGAGGACGCCAUGGCGCUGCUCCAGACAGGGAAGCGCCUUGCCAACGCCGCAUUACGGCGAGAAAGCAUCUGUUGGUCCGACGAUAGCUUCUCCCUUCCUGUCACAACGACCUCUGAUGUCUCCUCCGCUUCCACCGCCGUUACUCCUCCAUCAACCCCUCCGCGUAACGCCGCUUCUAUUGCCGAAACUGAGAAUAUCUCGCAUCUCCUCGCUCACAUCAAGUUCAUGCUCCGCCGCAGAACCGCCGCAAUUGCUGCGCUGGAUGCCGGCCUCUACUCGGAGGCCAUUCGCCACUUCUCCAAGAUCGUCGACGGCAGACGCCCUGCCCCUCAGGGAUUCCUUGCCGAGUGCUAUAUGCACCGCGCCUUCGCCUAUAAAGCGUCUGGUCGGAUCGCCGAGUCAAUUUCCGAUUGUAACAAGACUCUGGCUCUUGAUCCCACUUGUAUACAAGCUCUCGACACCAGAGCUUCACUUCUAGAAACCAUCCGCUGCUUGCCGGAUUGCUUACACGAUCUUGAACACUUAAAGUUGCUUUACAAUUCCAUUCUACGAGACAGAAAGCUCCCAGGUCCAGCGUGGAAACGUCAUAACGUGAGGUACAGGGAGAUUCCGGGAAAGCUCUGUGCUUUGACGACCAAGGUUCAGCAAUUGAAGCAGAGGGUCGGCUCUGGCGAAACUGGAAAUGUAGAUUACUAUGCUUUGAUUGGAUUAAGGCGUGGGUGUUCGAGGUCAGAGUUGGAAAGGGCUCAUUUGUUACUCUGUCUCCGGCAUAAGCCGGACAAAGCUAUUAGUUUCAUUGAAAGAUGUGAAUUUGGCGAUGAGCGUGAUCUUGAAUCGGUCAAGGACAGAGCCAAGAUGUCCGCAAUGCUUCUCUAUAGAUUGCUUCAGAAGGGUUAUUCGAGUCUGCUGACUACGAUAAUGGAUGAAGAAGCCACCGAAAAGCAGCGGAAGAAAGCUGCCGCUGCUCUCCAAGCAGCACAGUCAGCAAUACAAGCGCAACAGACACAAAAUCCCAACCCCAAAUCAGAACCCGAAGAAUUGGAUGCUUCUCCGGCUUGUUCCAAUGAGAACAAAGCAAAUUCAUCCUCUAAUGCAAAUGUGUUUCAAGGUGUAUUCUGCCGUGACUUGGCUGUCGUCGGGAAUUUGCUUUCACAGGUUGGAUUCAACCGUCCACUCCCGGUGAAGUAUGAAGCACUUAGCUGCUGAUUUUAUCUUCAAAAAUUGGCCCCAAAAUUGAUAGAAGGAUCUCUCGAGAUGUUUUCCCGGCAGAAGGGUCUCUAGUUCAUCUUCUCUGUUUGUACAAAAAGUCGACACCUUACUUCAUAAUUCUUAAUCUGCCGGAAAAUUUUGUCUACCACCUUUCUCCUGUGUUAUCUACUCAAAUCUCCAUGUACAGAGAUUUCAUUUUUCAGUAUCAGUAUGAGAUUUCUACUAUUGU